AUGCUCAUCAUCCCCAGUGAACUAGAGUCACCUGUCCUGAUCACUAGUACAGGCAAAGCUAGAGAAACACUCUGCUUAGUGGGAGGACCCCUACAGAAGAGAGUGGCUCAGUGUAAGGAAAUACAGAAGGAGGAAGUGACAGCGUUCCCGCAGCUUUGCACAAACUCAUUUGAAAGCAAAGAAACAGUUUUGUUGAGUCACUUGCUCCCUGGGGGUCUGAAAAUACGGCUUGUGGGGGAGUCCAACCUGAUAGACAGCAAUGUUGAUAUCCUCCAGUGCCAGCUGCAAUUACAGCGGCUUACAGCAGAGGGGAGUGGGAGCAUGGAGGAGCCUCCGGUCUCACUGAGGAACCUCCAGUGGAGGACAGGCCAACUGCGGCCUGAUUCCUUGUACCUCUAUGCCACCAGCACAAAUGGCAUCCUGACCACCAAAGGCUCACCAAGCUCAGUGACUGCACAGGUGCAGCCAGAUUCCCUUCGGGGGGAUUAUGAAAGGAAGGAUUACGAAGUCUUCUCUUCCUUUAGGGAAAACAGCUCUCUUUCACACUCAGCCCAGUCUCUGCUCCAGGAUGAACACAUGAACCAGGGUCAGCUGAUGACAUCACUGCAUUCCCCAGGCCUUGAUGUCUGGUUCAGAGAUGGCCUGGGCCCGCUGCACCUGGCCUUCCUCUGCGAGUACGAUGUGCUGCCUGGCAUCGGCCACACCUGCGGCCACAACCUCAUCGCUGAGGUUGAAGGGGCCCUGGAGGGUCUUCCUGGGCCGCCUCCACCCGUGAAGAUAAUUGUCCUGGGAACCCCUGCAGAAGAAGACGGUGGUGGCAAAAUUGAUCUAAUUGAAGCAGGGGCUUUUAAAAAUCUUGACAUUGUUUUUAUGGCCCAUCCAUCCCAAGAGAAUGCUGCUUAUCCAGAUAUAGCUGAACAUGAUGUGACUGUGAAAUACUAUGGAAAGGCAUCUCAUGCUGCUGCUUAUCCCUGGGAGGGAGUAAAUGCGUUAGAUGCUGCCAUCCUGGCCUACAACAAUCUGUCCACAUUGAGACAGCAGAUGAAACCCACCUGGAGAGUUCAUGGUAUAAUAAAAAAUGGUGGUGUAAAACCCAAUUUCAUUCCCUCUUAUUCUGAAUUAAUCUAUUACUUCCAUGCCCCCUCAAUGAAAGAGCUUCAAGUUUUGACCAAAAAGGCAGAAGAUUGCUUCAGAGCUGCAGCUUUGGCCACAGGGUGCACAGUGGAAAUUAAAGGUGGAGCACAUGAUUAUUACAAUGUUCUUCCCAAUAAGAGGCUGUGGAAAGCUUAUGUGGAAAAUGGAGAAAAGCUGGGAAUAGAAUUCAUUUCAGAAGAUACAAUAUCAAGUGGCCCUUCAGGAUCUACUGAUUUUGGAAAUGUGACUUUUGUGGUUCUUGGAAUUCAUCCGUAUUUUUACAUUGGCUCUAAAGCCUUGAAUCAUACUGAGCAGUACGCUGAGGCUGCAGGAUCGCAAGAAGCUCAGUUCUACACUUUGCCUACAGCCAAAGCUCUGGCAAUGACUGCCCUGGAUGUUAUUUUUAAACCAGAGUUGCUGGAAAAAAUCAGGGAGGACUUUAAAUUGAAACUUCAAGAAGAACAAUUUUUAAAUACAGUAGAAUAA